CCGAGACGCGCACCAAGGGAGGGCGGCUCAGGACUACAAGUCCCAGCGCCCACCGCGGGCAGGGCCUGAGCGGCGUUGCUAGGUGACGGCGCCUAAACGAUGCUUAGGCGAUCUGCGGGUGCAGGAGCUGGCCAGUGAGCGCUCCCGCCCGCGGUGCCUGGAGAGACGACGCGGGGGCAGGUGGAGGCCUAAGGAGGCCAAGAGGCCCGCAGGACCCUCCUCCAAAGAUGGCCUACUAUGAAAAAUGCAUUGAGACUGUGAUAAAGCAGCUUGACAAAUUUAAGCCUGAGAAGGACAAUCCUGAGCAAUUCCUGGAGACAGUGUUCACCUCCUUACAGCAGGUACGGUCAGGGUGGCAGAGACACAGGGUCCUGGGAGACCACGUCAGUGACAUUAUGUGUUGUCCACACUUCACUUUCUAGUGAACAGCGUGAGAUCCAUUCCUGCCUCUGGGGAGAAGUGUCAGGCAAGGCUCUCUAGAAGGGCAGCGGUCCUUCUGUAGAAACCCUUUGCCAUGAGAAGGGUCCCAGCAUCCAAAAUGCACAUGAGACCUAGCUCUACCCUGAGCUGCAGGACUUCCCUGAUGGAUUAUAGCAGGCAGCCCCUCAUAGGAAGAACUGUGACUGGACAGGAGCAGUGAAGGAGGCAGAGACCUACCUAAGGCCACAGUUCAAGGUGUGUUGUGUCUAGCUGAAGAGGCCUCCAGUAGAGAGUCUGGGCCCUACUGAGUGCUUCCACCCUUAGUCUAUAAGCAUUGCUAUAACAGGCCUGAGGCUGGGAAAACCGUACAGAAUGUAGCUCUCAAGGUUCUGGAAGCUGAGCCAUCCAGACAGCAGCAGCAUGUCCCACUGCAAAAGGUGAGACAGGCAGACAGGCAGAGCAUGGCUCUGGAAUAUUCCACUUGAUCCUGUCACAGUAACAGCUACACUUCCGAGUGAGUUCCGGAUGGUUAAAUCUCCAGAGCACGCCCCCACCCCCAUCCGACUCUGCCCAGGUUGCCUUCCUACACAGCAGCUCUGUAGCAUUCUGAUUGCCUCUCUGAACACUAACUGUUCUGAGUCUCCUUCCCACAGAGGCCUCAGCCUCUCCUUGUCAGGGUACUCAGGAGAGAGUCGCCCUACCUGCUGAUAGGUACAGUUCCUCCAUCCAGCACGGACCUCUCUCCCGAACCCUAGACUGUUUCAUCCAAUGGUAAGUAGCAUAUAUGUCUGGUCUAGAGCAUAUAUAGUCUCUCGGUCCCCAUGGGCCCCCAGACAGCUCACCUCAGUCAUCAAGAACUGUGUCCUUUCUUCACUCAGGUGAGGCAUCCCCUAUCCCCAUACCCCACCUCAGCCCUGGUAUAGCCCUCGUCCUAUGCACCGCAAAAGCUCCCUCUUGCCUCUCUGUUGGAGCACUGCCCUCCUCUACUCUCAUGUCCCCACAGACAUGACACAGAGGUGUCCUCUCUGCAGAGCCUCUCUGCUCCUCUGUGCCUUCCCAGCUCACCCACCUAUCCUCAUGUCCCCUCCACUGGCCAUACUGCCUUCUGGUCCUUUUUAUGCCAUCCAGUUGUUCCUCCGCUGUCCUCGCCACUCCCCCCACCCACUUGGACUCCCUGACAUGCUCCCUGAACUGCUGAGUCAUUCAGGGCUCUCUAGAAGAAGAGCCUUUUCUUUCAAGCAAGGCAGAGAGAAGUUAGUAUUGUUCGUCUUUGAUGACCAUUGCAGAAAAGUGAGUUUUAGCAGUUGAUAAUUAGUUUGAGGCACUUUCUCGGUUAACAACCAAUAGGUUAACAUAAAUGGGUCCUGGCUGUAACUUGGCAAUUCACAAAGUGGUGACCAUCUGUGUGCCUUUCUAUGGGAAGCCUAGCACCAUGACGCCAUCCGGUGAGCGGGCGGCAGUGGAGGGAGCUGAUCUCUACCUCAGGCACAGAGGCAGCUCCUGCUUCAGACGUUGGUCUUUGAGGUUCUGCCAAAGCCCUUCUGAAGCCAACAUGGUUUGGGGCCCUGGGUACUGACCCAGUUUGAACAAUACUUUUCAUCUCCAGCCGUCAGAAACCUGCUGUAAUAUACUGACUGUCAGGUCAAGGCCAGAGAUGCCACCUGCCAGAAAGUUACACAACCUCUAGACCGCUAGGCAGAGGCUGACAGAGGCUUCAGGACAGGGCAUAUGAGAGGCAGACUGUAUACCUUAAGUACAUGAAACGUCUUAAUGUGGAUAUGACCUUAUUUGGAUGUACUAGUAAAUGAAGCUAAGUUACAGCUGGCAGCACAGAGCAUGGGUUCAGCUGCAUUUGCCUGCGUUCACCUGGGCCAGCUUGGCUGGCAGCACAGAGCAUGGCGGCCAGGAAGUGGCAAAGAGUCCAACUUUGAGAAGCAGCAGGAUGAAGGAUAGGGCUUCCUGGGCAGAGGGACCUACCAAGAGGAGACCCCAACAGCCCAGGGUCCGGACCUGUCACUGGGAGUGAAUAGACAGGAAGGCCAACAGGGCCUGUGUGCCUAACCUUCAGACCUGGCUGCUCGGUCUGUGUGGCUAGCCCAUGGGGAGGUUGGUUGUGAACAGAAAAAUGUCUUGUCUGAGCCCAGACUGUGAACAAAUGGGUAUUAGCAUAAAAAGAUGCUGUGGGGCUGGACUAACAAGAACACAGGCAGCCAGAUAGCUUUGGGGUUUGCAGCAAUAUGAGAAAGGGAGAAGUUUAAAGAGGUGGCCAACUGUGAGGAAAUAUGAGUGCAGAGGAGCAGAGAGAAGGGGCAGAUGCAUUCAAUGGACAUAGAGUCAUAGCCCAUAGUUUCACUGUGGUUUGUGCUACUUUGCCAUCCUCUUGUAAAUCUUAGCAUAGGUUGUUUUAAUGACUGCAUCAUACUGGUCUGUGGGAUGGAGCAAUGAUGCUUGACCCUUUGGUCACCCUGCUGCUGGCCCCUGCUUCCUGUCCAUGCUGCUGUCCAGACCUCUUCCCCUGAUGUGUGCACAUGAACACUUUCAGGUUGUGGAAGGUUCCCUUAAGUUCCCAGAAGUUAAGGGUCUCUGUUAAGGGUCAUGAUUUAAAGUGUGAAGCCCGUUCCCUGAAUUGCUUUAUGGAAAGGCUCAGCAUCGAGCGUCCACCAACCCUCUCAGUGUUAGCACUAUAGACACCACCUCAUUUUCCUUUUCCACCAAAACUUAAUUACUUUUCAAACCUCAUUUUGAAACCCCUAAUUACUUUUAAAAAUAAUUAACAUGUAUCACACACACACACACACACACACACACACACACACACACACACACAGAGGUCACCCCUUCAUUUGGGUCUGAAUUGUCCCCCAGAGGCUUCUGUGGUGAAGGUCUUGCAGUGCACUGCUUAGAGGUGGGGCGAUGGGGCAAUGGUUGCACCCUGAUGGUUGAUGGUUCCUCUGUGGUCCUGGCUGGCCUGGAACUCAGCCUGCCUCCACCCGAAGUCCUGGGAUUAAAGGUGUGUACCAACCACUAGGCCUGGCCUGGGGAACAGAACUCCCACUGCGACUAACUAGCACUUCCCAUCCCGCUUUGUAUUCAAGACAAGCUCUCGCAGAUCUCCCUUAAUCGUGCAGCAUCCUUUUGGAGAAUGUUUUAUUCCUCAUUAGAAAUGAAGUUGUGUUGAAAUGCACAAGACAUACUUUUGACCAAGUUUUGAUUAUUUUCACGUGGCACAAAGCCCAUUCAUGGGGUUGUAUAGCCAUCACAUCCACCCAUCUCCAUAACCUCUAAUGUUCCUGACCUGAAACUCCAUCCCCAGGAAAUACCAGCUGCCUGGCUCCCUGUCCCCUCCCCUGCCACCUGCUUGCCGUUCUGUCUGUCUCUGUGGAUUCACCCAUCCUCAUGUAGGAGAAUAUUUGCACAACACUUGUCCUUGUGUGUUUGUACCGUCUCAUUGCUUUCCGUGCUCAUUUUGUCUUUAGAACCACUUUGCCUCCAUUCACCCUGGAGGUCCUGCCUUCCCCAUCACUGUGGUCAUUGUCCACUUUUCUAGGGCAGCUGAACUAUCUGGCCUCUAUUCAGCCAUGUGGGAGUAUCUGUCCCUUACCUUUGUCCUUGAUCUCCUGGUCCUAGAGGGCUCUCUCUCUUGGCUUUCCUUUUCAGACUCUGACCCCCCAGAAGCUUGGGUUUGUUUUGGAGGUUCUGUCUGGCUGCCUUGAAUACCAGAAGCUACUGACCAUCGUGGUGGAUGCCUUCUACGCACGGGAUGGCCGGCUCUGCCUGUGGUCUGACUACAGCCUCUUUGAGGAAUGAGGUCCAGCAAGACUCUGAGCAGCUGCAGCAUUCUCCCAAGGUCACACACAGAGCCCCUCUGCAGGGCAGCUGGGCACUCCUCACACCACCUCUCUCCUCAGUGAUCUGCUACCUGGCCACCUUCCAGCUGGAUGAGCUCGGCUUCCAGCUCUUCUGCAGCAUCAUCAAGUCCCAGCCUGUGGGUAAGAUUUGCAAGUUCCUCAGAUUCUUCUUUAACCCCUUGAACCUGUGCUCAUGGAUCAAAGACGAGUGGAGCCUCAUCUACGAAACGGACCAUGUGACAGAGAACUGGAUUAACCCUCUGAUGAGAUGGCAGCCAGAGAUCCAGGAGCUGAUCAAACAACUGGAGGGAGGGCCAUCCGAUCAUAUUCCUCUCUUGAAGACCAAGGCCAAACUCACAGUGCCCAAGGAAUUCAACCUGACUGUCCCAAGGCCCCGCGCCAUUACAAUGCCUGAGCCUGUCCCCACUAUCCCCAAGUCAAAACCUGUCCCUCAGAGUACCUAUCAGGAGCCCAAGGAGCAGAAGCUUCUGCAGAUGAUCAAGACACACAACCGCCGGACAGCUGAGGAGCUGCUGCUGAAAGCGAACAUGGAAGAGCUACGGUGUGCCAUGCCCCGGUUACAGAAGGAGCCACAAGCACAGGAAGUAGAGAAGAAGCUGUGGCAUCAGUCCGUACCCAGCAUACGCAGGACUCCAAAUCUGACCUUCUACAAGCCUAACAAGUUACCGGUCAAGCUGAACACAGCCACCAUCCUUCGAGAAGGGGCCUUAUACCAGCGGCAGGUGGAGAAGGAGCUGCAGAGAGUUGACAAACUUGUGGAUGGGGCUGGGGACUUUUCUGAGUUCCUUGAGUGGCAGAAGAAGAUGCAGGCAAAGGACCUGGAGGAGCAGCUGGCUGCAGGCGAGUGCCGGCGGCUGCAGGGAAAGCUGAGCCACGAGGAGGCCAUCUUGGCCCGGCAGAACCUCGUGCAGGAAAACAAGCAGAAGGCUGACAAGCAGAAGGAAGAGUCGGCCGAGCUAAUGCUACAGUGUGCUGAGAGGCGCCUGCAGGAGGAGAAGGCCAUGAAAGAGCUGGUGGAGCAGGUCAUGGAGGCACAGAAGAAUGUCAAGAUAGUCCAGAUGAAGCUUGUGAAGGGCCGGCAGCAGAUAGUUCAGGAGGUGAUAGAGGAGAGCCGGGAGUUGCUACAGAAUAGCACAAAGGCAGCCAAAGAGGAGCAGAAGCGACGCUGUGAGCUCAUUGCUCAGCUGCGUGCACUGGAGACACAGCCCACACGCAAGGAGAAGCUGGUGGACCUUACCGAGAUCCCAGGAUAUGGUCUGGAAGGUGAGAUGUCUGUUGUGGAACUUCGAGAACGGCUGGCCCUGCUCAAAGAGUCCCAGAAACGAGAGCAAGAGGAGAAGCGGGAUCAAAUCAUCCAGAGCAAACGAGCCAAAAGCCAAAUGCUACAGAACACAGUGGAGCAAAUCUCACUGUGCCGUGCAGCCAUGGGCAGGACCGCAGCCUUGAGGUGGGAGGAAAAGAAGGCCCAGGCGACAAGCCUGGCGACACCCUCCCAGGAUGAGCGUGUGCUGGAGCUGAAGCGCAAAAUGGAGGAGAGGGCAGCUGAACGCCGCAGGCAGACAGCAGCACCGCAGCAGGUCGUGUCACCGCCUAGGACCCAACGCCCACAACUGCGGGCGCAGGAGAUGUUACAGCACUGGGUGGAGAUGGAUCAGAGUCGCGAGCGCAGGCUGAGGGAAAGGCAAGAAGCAAAUCGCCCCUGCCACCCUACCCAUCAUCACCUAGAAGCCUCCUGAGCCAGCCGGCAGCCCCACGCCUACACUGCGUGCGGCUGCCGACGUCAGCCCCCACCCCUACUCCUCCGACAGUGGCUCCCUUCCUGCACCCCUGCCACAAAGCCUGCCCCUAUAUGUUUGCUCCAGAAAAAAAGGUGUGGUGGCAUUUAGAAAUUCUAAACAAAUGUACUCUUCCUCUGGACUGCAACUGGCUGCCACGUUUUUAUAUGCUGAACUUGGCUCUUUCCUAUGCCUUGCAUGUCUUUCCUUAAGACAGGAAGCGCCUCUCUCCACCCAGAGCCAGAGGAUAUGUCUGGGACCCUCACACAAGUGUGAGAUGGCCAAUGCCGUCAGCUUCUUAAGCAUAGGCUCUGGACUGGCUCUUCUCAUGUCUCACGUGGAUCAUCAGAGAUCACUUCACGCAGCAACUAUACCCCACUUGUCUCCUGUUCUGCUAAUGAGGCCACCUGUCCUUAAAGAAGUGACUCUGGCUUAAGCUAACUGCAGGUACUUCUCAGGGUCCUCUCACCAUUGUCAUCAAGAGGCCGAAUUCAACAAAAUAGGAGACCUUGGGGACAACGGCUCAACAGGGCAGAUCAGAUGAGUUCUAAGUUCCUGGCCUUGGUGCUGUUCUGUGCUGGGGGAAGCUGGACUUUAAUAACAGGUGUGUGGAAUGAAUGCCUGCUGGUGAAACGUAGCCGGACGAAUAAAGCUGCAUUGUGAUGUUUGGUUUUUAGGAAGAAGAUGGUGAUAAGUCUUGGGGAGGGAAUAAGGCAGGGGGAAACUACUAGAUGGGUAGAUAUUCAGGAGAGAGAUGACACCCCCCCCCAUCCUCCUUAGGCCUGCAGAGGUCCCUCAGGAGAUAAGGCUGUUCCCCGGGGGUACUUGAGGCCAAGAAAGUUUCUUAGCAUUGACAGAAACAAAUUAAAGUCUCAGAGUUCUAUUCAAGUAUUGUAGAACUAACAGAAUUCCAAGGCUCUUGUAGAACCCUGGCAGGGGAGUGGGAGGUGUUUAGGGGCUGCUCAGGAACAAAGGAAUCCUUGUCUCCCUGUUGAAUUAGAAUUGGAGGCAGAUUCAGUUUUAUUUAAAUAAGAAUCACAUUUUUUAAAACAGAUUUUGUGUGAUUCAAACUCAUUUAAAAUGGAGGAAUGAUGCUAGUGGUUUGAGGAAAGACAAAGGCAGGAUUUAGGAUGUGUUGAACAUGAGUGCUGUCACCAGGCUAACUGGGAAGAUGACCAUUGUCACUGUUCUAGGUUGAACCAGCUCUUGUUGGUCCAGCCCCUGCAGAGAAGCAAGUGUGCAUGGCAUCCUAAAGCAAAUACUGGCCAUGGGGAUUACCUCUCACUUUAAGGCCAGCCUCUGGCCAGCCCAGCAAAGGGGGUGGUCCUAGCCUCAGUGCAGUUUGGCAGUCAGCAAGGUCUCCCUUUGCCUUGUUUUUCUGGACUGAGCUGCUGCUCAGAGACAGCGCAAGAGCACCUAGGGUGUUUGCUCCACAGCUACUAAUGUUGUGGCAAGUGGCUGCUGUGUGUGAUAGAACCGUGGCCAGAUGUUAACAUAUCAAUAUCCACUGCCUUGCAGCUUCAUACCCUGGUCUUGCUGGGCCUGGCAAUGCACUCAUAUAAUCUGAGCACUUGGGAAGAAGAGGCGGGAAACAGAAGCAAGAGCUGAGACCAGCAUGGACAAUGUAGCAUGUUUCAAGAUAGUCCAACUACGUAGCAAAACCUGCAUUAAAAGAGGUAGAGUGCUGGGCAGUGGUAGCACACACCUUUAAGCUUAGCACUUGGGAGGCAGAGACAGGCAGAUCUCUAUGAGUUCGAGGCCAGCAUGGUCUACAAAGCAAGUUCCAGGAUAGCUGGGGAUACCCAAAGAUACCCUGUCUCGAAAAACAAAACAAACAAACAAACAAAAAAGAGGUAGAGGAUUGGCAGUGGACCUCUGUGAGUUCCAGGCUAGUCUGGUCUACAGACUGAGUACCAGACUGCCAGCACAACAUAGAGAAAACCCACAAAAACCAAAACAAGAGAGAGGGCAAGCAGGAUGGCUCAGUUUUUUUGUUGUUAUACAAACCUGACAACCUGAGCUCUCUGGAACCCACGUUCAAGUGGAAGGAGAGAACCAACUGCACAAAGUUAUCCAGUGAUGUCUACAGAUGCUCCAUGGCACGUGACCUCUCCUGCCAUGCCCCUCCCCCAUUGAGAAGAAAAUUACAACACAGAGGCAGUUUACCCCUCAGCAUCUGAACCAUCCCUGGCACCAUAACUUUCUUUGGCCAAUAGCAUACAAGUGUCAGUGUGCCAGUUUAGAUUCAGUCGUCAGGCGGCCUUGAGGCCCUGCUUGCUCUCUUGGAAGCCUGUCUGGCCUCAGGUGAACAUGAUCAGGGUGCCCUGCUGAGAUGAUACCAUGUGAAGGAGUGCUAGCUGUCCCUGAGAGUCCAUCCUAGACCAUGCUACAACCAAUAGAUUGGGACAGACAGAGCAAGCAUUUUGCUCUUCUUGUAGACUGAUUAAAGACAUGCUGUUAAAGUAUGGAGAUCUGAGAUAUUUGUUCAGAAGUAAAUGUGAAGUAAUAUACCUUCUAGUCAGGGCAUUCCUAUUUGUCUUAGGGUUUUAUUGCUAGAAAAGACACCAUGACCACAGCAACUUUUAUAAAGGAAAGCAUUUAAUUGAGGCUGUCUUACAGUUUCAGAGGUUCAGUCCAUUAUUGUCGUGGGAGGAAACAUGGCAGUGUGCAGACAGGCAUGGUGCUGGAGACGGAGCUGGGACUUCUACAUCUUGAUUUGCAGGCAGCAGGAGACUGUGUGCAACACUGAGCAUAGCUUGUGCAUAUAAAACCUCAAAGUCCACCCCCACGGUGACAGACCUCCUCCAAUAAGACUGCACUUCCUAAUAGUGCCACUCCCUAUGGUUCAAGCACUUAAACAGGGGGGCUGUACCUAUUCAAACACCACAAUAUUAAAGACCCACUGCCUUCUCCUUAUAUGCAUUUUUUGACAUGGUGGCUGGUCAGCCCGAGAUCUAAGGCCCACAGGGUGCUGUGAAUGCUUUUUCUGGACCUUUCUUGGUGGUUCACAUGUGUGAACCUAUGGAAGCACUGAUAAUGCCAGUUUUUCUCCACAAGCUAAUGUUUAAAACAAGGAGACACUAUUUGUGAGGGAGCAAGUUCACUGUCAAGUGAUGUUCAGAGAAAACUUGUUUCUGAGCAUGAAAUUAUUUGUAGUUGACUUUCACUAAUACAUCUUCAGCAUAUUAAAUUUACCCAAAGCCAGGUGUAGCAUAUGCUGUGAUCUCAGCAUGUGUGUGGGUAAAUCUUAAUCUGGCCUGGGCUACACAGUUUCAUGACAGCCUAAACUAUAAAGAUAGAGACACUGUCUCAAAACCAAACAAGAAGCUAACAGACGGCUCAGGAGGUCAAUCCUUGUUCAACCCUGAGUUCAAUCCUUGGGACCUGAUAAAUUAUUUCUCCAGUGCUGAAAUGAGCCAAUUCAAGCCAGAUUAUAUAUGCAUGCUCUAGGGGAAGCUGCUCUAGGGGGUGGGGGUUCACUGGGCCUAAGAACUGAUACCAGAGAAGUCACCAUGGGAAGGGAGGGAGAGGGAAGAGGGAAGAGAGAAGAGAGAAACUGAGAAAGAGCAAGCAUCGAGAGAAAACAGAAGAAACCAAAAUGUCUAGAUUAUAUAGGGAAGAGCCUCUGGGGGAAGGGCAGCCCAGCCCCGAGGCUGGAGAGUUCAGGGUUGGGCAGGGUAUGACAGGUGGGGACUGAGGGAUGCCGGGAGAACCUGGAGGGCAGGUCUGCUUUGCUAAGUUAAAUAUGCACCUCAGUCCCUUGUCCCAUGGUCUGAAACCAAACAUCCCAGACUUUUUUGUUGAUAGAAAAUAAAUAAGGGGAGACAAUCAUCUGUGACUACUCCUACUGACAUUGGGGUGUUGCCAUGGGGUGGGGGUGGGGGACAAAAGCUGGGAUGUUGGCCAAGUCUGGGAAGAGCUGGUUGUUUCAUAGCUGUCCAGGCUGUGAGACCAUCUGGGGAUAGGAGUGUGCGUGCCCAGUUGAAGCAGGCUGUUGUAAGGCUGGGCCAGAGAACACCUGAGAGUAAUUGCUUUGGAUAUGUCCUCCUGGAUGCAGGUUCUGAGGAAAUAUGUGGACUUGGCAAGAUGCUAGAACAUGUAUGUAUGUAUGUAUGUAUGUAUGUAUGUAUGUUAAGGGCAGAAGGUAAAGUUAAGGAGUUUGGGGAGGAUGUUCAUUUGAAACUUUUAGGCCCAUAGUCUUAGUAUUUGGAGGAGGGGUGGGGAGGUCUUGGGACCAGGGAAAAGAUCUCACCUGGAAGAGAGAAACAGGCUGUUGAUUGACAAUACUUAUCUGGAGUCCAUUUGACCUAUAGGAAGUGGAUUUGAGUGGAUUCCCUGAAGCUUACAAGAAUCUUUUUAAAUUUAUAAAAAGAUCCUUUAUAACUUGCAUUUACCAACAUCAAAACACCAUCCUAGACCCUCAAUUUUCAUUCCUCCCAUAUAUCUUAUCACUUUCCUAUCAUCAUCCACGUUUGUUUUUUCUCACAUCCUUUAACCUUCAGAACUUGCAUUUACCAACCCCAGAACACCUUCCUGGACCACAAACACUUCUUAGAAGCUUCCAUAUCCUCAGACCGUACAGGACCCACACAGUUUAAGGAAAGAGCUGACUCAGACCAGCCCGCCUCUGACUGCUACAUGUGCUCUGUGGUACAUGUAUGUGCACUCAGUAAGUAAACAAGCCAGGUGAUGUGACACAUGUCUUUAAUCCCAGCACUUGGGAGGCAAAGGCAGACAGAAGUUUGAGGCCAGCAUGGUCUACAAAUUGAGUUCCAGACUACAUGAGAUCCAGCCUCAAAAAAAGUAAACUAAAAAAUGUGUAAAAUCUCAAAUAUUCCAAGAAUUCAGGAAGUUGAGACAAGAGACCUCGGGUUAGAAACCAAUCUGUUCUAUGUAACAAACCCUAUCUCAAAAAACCAAAAGAUGACAAAUAUAAAACCUACAGUGGGUGUGGUGGCACUGCCUUUAAUAGUACUUGGGAGGCAAAGGCAGGCCCAUGUCUGAGCUGGAGGCCAGCCUGGUCUACAGAGCAAAUUCCAGGACAGCUGGGGGUAGACAGAGAAACACUAUUGGAAAGAAUAUAAAAAAAAUCCCUUUCCAUUCAAACAAACAAACAAAAUAUGCCCAAUUAUACUACCACUUCCUAGCCCAUUCUAACACAGAUCUUCCCCCUUUUGUUUUUUUUUUUUUUUUAAAUUUUUUUUUUCUGGAGCUGGGGACCGAACCCAGGGCCUUGCGCUUGCUAGGCCAGCGCUCUAACCACUGAGCUAAAUCCCCGACCCGAUCUUCCCCCUUUUUCCUCAUCUUAAAAAAUUAAAUCUAUGAGGUCCUUUGCUUCUGUUUUUCAUACUAAGUCAAAGCAGUCCCUUGAACUUUUUUCCUCACCUAUUAGAGGGGUUCUCUGUGAAAACAGGUGUGGUUUGUGCCACCUAAUCAAGGUCAAAAGGGAACCCCUGCUAUUUUGGGUUUUCCUUUAAGGUGUGCCUCAGACUAGCCAGGUAGGUGUCUAGGAUUUGAGAAAGCAGCGUCUGGGAGAGAUGUGUUCAGAGGGGCAAGAGAGCUGACUGUUACACUGUUAGAUAAACGAGAGCUGGAAAGAUGUGAACUGGCUGCUCACAACUGCAAUUCCAGCUCCAGGGAAUCCAAUAUCCUCACACACACAUACACCGGAAAAACACAAAUUCACAAAAUGAGGAAAGAUACCUUUAAAGGGAUGGAGCAAGGGUAAGGAUCUUUAUAAGUCGUGUGAAUGGGGUUGCAAGCAGUUCACAUCAGAUCUAAGAAACAGAAACUUACUAAUUACAGAUAGAAACUUUAACUUGCAAGGACUUAACAUAGGACAAAUAAAACUUUUUUGAUUUUUUGUUUUUGUUUUUUUGUUUUGUUUUGUUUGAGGCAGAGUUUCUGUAUAGCCUUGGCUGUCUUUGAACUAGCCUAUAGACUAGGCUUGGCUCACACUUAAAGAGAUCUGCCUGCCUCUCCCUCCUGAGUGCUUGGAUUAAAGGUGUGGGCCACCACUGUCUGCUAGAAAGUUAGAACUGUUUUACUGCAAACAGAACCUUUAACCUAUAAGGUAUAGUAUUCUUGUUUUGGUGUAUUCCUGUUCUGGUGUCACUUAAGUAUUCAAAACUUUUUUUUUAAUAAAAAAAAUCUACAUUUUUCUUACAAAUGUAAGUUCUCUUUAUUCCAAUUUAUAACAUUUAGAAAACAUGCUCAAAACAUCAAAACACAUUUUACACUGGAGUCAGAUGUGUUAUUUAUCAUACACUUUUUUCAUACACUUUAUCAUUCAUAUAUAUAUAUAUAUAUUCAUAUAAUUCCACAAGACCUCAGAGGUUGUAAUAUUGCAAAUACUAACAGUCCGGUUUUAAUCUGCUUUGCCAUGCUAAUCAAAUCUCCCAGGAUGUAUACCCCCAUAGAAGCAAUUCAACCACAUUUAGGACAAUCUUCAGAUAGUCUGAGGGUCCCCAUCCCUUUCUUUCUAGUUACUAUUUAUCUAUGGAUAGAUCAUUUUCCAGUUGCUAAACCCAUGCCUCAACCUAGCCCAGGGGCAGGUGCUCAAGAAAAACAGCGUUCUAGCAGCAUUCUGUUUUGCUGCCCUGCAGCAGGACCUAGCAUGCACAUAUAUUACCUGUUAGCCCUCACAUUCUUUCACAGAAGUAAAAAGGAUAUUGAGAUUUGCCUAAAAUCAUUAUACUGGUUUUCAGAUUGAGGUAAGGGAGAUUCAUCUACAACACGAGAUGCCCUCAGACCCAAUUCCAGGCCAAGGUCUUGCCUGAGGCCUGCCCUUCUUAGCCAUUCUUCAGUGGUGUUUGAGUUCUCAUUUGAGCCGUGCCUUCCUCACCCCUCGCCUCUGCUCCUGACACACUGGGCGGCUAACCAGCAGUCUCCUGGACUUGCACAGCUCUACUCUCCCCCGGCUUUAGCACACAAAAUGUCUAGCUGGACGUUCUCUUCCGUCUAGUGUUCAAGCUUCCUCCAGGUAGGCCUCCCAAACCUAUAGGUGAGCCCCUGGCCUCCGGAUGAUGGUACCCGUGAGAAGGAGAGCCGGGAACCGACAUGCCCACUCAGAGUCUGGCAUUUACGGUGCAAAUCCGGGUCUGGUUGCCUGUGGAUCAGCAGAAAAUUGGGACCUUAUGCGAGUCUCCCGUAGGCCUCAUUAACGACAAAGGAGACUGAGAAGGGUAUGGAAUGACUGAUAGGGAUUGUGGCUUAGUGCUAGGUGCAGCCGGAGGGCUAUAGUAAAACAGGUCAGAAGUCAAACGAAAAGUAAAACAACCAGUAGGCAAGCUCACGAGGAUGCCCCAGCAACGACUCCGCCAAGUUCUCGUGGGAGGAGCGCGACCGGCGGUACUCUCGCGGGAAGUGGAAGCUCCCGCAAGCAAGCGGGGGCGUGGCCGGAAGAAGGUGCAUUUCAAAGUGGUAAUAGAUGGUUUUCUCACCCAAUAAAAUUGCAACUUCUCCUUCCUAAACCGGUAGAGCACGAGAGUAAAGGCGGGAGAGGGCGGGCCGGUGCCGGACGAGCGGAAGUGGGUCUUCGUGAGACGGUGGAGUCUUGCUUGAGCGGGUCUCCUCAGCGGCUGCUGGAUUAGGUGCGUCCUUGCUCGAGCGCGGUGGCCAAGGCGUUUGGCUGAUAACACCAACUCCAAGUAAGGAAUUUAGACAUUCUGAACAUCUAGUUGGCUCCAAAUUGUGAACCACAGGAUGAGUAUUCAGUGGGCAUGAGAGAUUGAGAACAUUCUACCACACCAUAAACCUUGGUGUAGAUCACUUCCUAUUCUGUGGAUUGAAGCCAGAGAGCACAAUGAGUACAAGAAAUCCUCAAAGAAAGCGGCGUGGUGGAGCUGUGAAUUCUAGACAAACCCAGAAGCGAACUCGGGAAACAACUUCAACCCCUGAGAUUUCCUUGGAAGCAGAACCCAUAGAACUUGUGGAAACCGUUGGAGAUGAAAUCGUGGACCUCACCUGUGAAUCUUUAGAGCCUGUGGUUGUGGACCUGACUCACAAUGACUCUGUUGUGGUAAGCAUUUGGGUGAGAGUUGGCUGGUUUGGAUAGGAGUUCUAGGCCCAUUUGAUGUCUGGGACACUGGUCAGGGUUGGAAAGAUUGUGAAAGGGGCUAUAGAGAUGGCUCAGAGGUUCAGAACACUGAGUACUCUACUCUUCAAGAGUCCUGAGUUCAAUUCCUUAGCAACCACAUGGUGGCUCACAGCCAUCUGUAAUAAGAUCUGAUGCCCUCUUCUGGUGUGUCUGAAGACAACCAUAGUGUACUCAUAUAAACAAAUAAAUGUUUUUUAAAAAGAUAACACAGAAAAGCCAGGUGCAUGGUGACCCAUGUCUUUAAUCUUAGCACUUGAGAAGCAGAGGCAAACAGUUCUGAGACCACACUGGUCUAGAGGUCCAGGAUAGCCAGGGCUACAAAGAGAAACCCUGUCUCAAAAAAAAACAAGUUGAAAGGGUAAAUAACCAGGUCUUGUGGUACAUGCCUGUGAUCUGAACUUUUGAGGGGCAGAGUUUCUGGCUUAUGUGGUUAAACAUUGUCUCCAAAGGGGGAAAAGAAAAGAACAUUGAUGCUAUAGCGCUUCCACGGAAGAGAUGGUGUGGUUUUAGUUAGAAAUCACUAAGUUGUACUAAUAUCCCUGGUAUUCUCACAAAGUCUAUGGUGAAUUUAAGGGACAUUGACUCCCAUGUAAUCAAUGACUUCCCUGAAAGUGGACUAGAACUGUCGAACAAAACAAGAACAAGUUAAGUGGCCACCUCUACAACAAAACUAUACAUUGACUCUUACUUUAUUCCUUGUCAAUUCCAUAGAGUUCCCUACACUCCAUUUGCUGAAUAAUGCUGGAAAGUGGCACCAAAUCCUUUUUCUUCCUCUUUUUCCCAUCUCAAAGUAAUAGAAAUAGAUACAGUUUAUUGAGGAAAAACAUUCUCGGGCUGGAGAGAUGGCUCAGUGGUUAAGAGUACUGGCUGUUCUUCCAGAGGUCCUGAGUUCAAUUCCCAGCAACCACAUGGUGGCUCACAACCAUCUGUAAUGGGAUCUGAUGCCCUCUUUUGGUGUGUCUGUGGAUGGCUAGAGUGUACUCAUAUAAAAAUAAAUAAAUCUUUUAAAAAAAUAUUCUCAAGGAUAGGAAGGAGCUGGUGAACUGGGAAAGGGCUCAGAAAGCUCCAAAUCUCUCUCUCUUUUUUUUUUUCCAAAUCUCUUUUCUUGAAUGUUGAUCAUGUACCUGGCUAGGUCCUGACAAGGGAGCUGGGGAGGGAUCUACUUCCAAGAAAGUAGUUACCUUCUAGGGGGCAGAUCAGUAUUUUCCCUUUUGUACCUUCCUCUGGACUGCUUUUGCUGCACAGGUUUCUUCCUUGGCUUUCCUACCUUUCCAUUUAUAAGGACAGAUAUGAGCAGAGGAGUCCUCGAAUGAGCCUGGGGUAGGAAGAGUGGGGUGAGGGAACUUUGCAGACAGUGACCUAACGGACAGGAGUACAUGUUAAUGCCAAAUGGCAGUAGUGUGAAGACAGGAGGCUUGGGUUUUUCUGAUUUAUUUACUCUUGGAUUUAUUACAGAAAUUUCCUAGUGUUUGUUUCAGACAUAAAAGAAUUGCAUGGAUUUCACAGCUCUUUUUUUCCAAUCACUCUCCAUUUGUUGAUUAUAAUGAUUUUAUCAGAGGCCAUUAAAUUGAUUAAAUUACUAAUAUUAACUAAAGGCCUAGAUAGCCAUAUUUGUGAGGUAUCCUGUACUGUCUUUAGACUCCUACUGAAGCACAGUAAGAGGGAGGUCAUUUAGAUGAACUUGCUGAUAGUACCAAAAACUAUUAGAGCAGACAAGUUGAGUGCACUGAUUGAGCCUUGGUGUAUCUCUGGGAUAGGAAUUCUUGAACACAAUUUGGGGGAAAUUUUCAACAUAUCCUGAACCCUGAAAGCAGAUUCCUUUUGUGCUGUUCCAACUCUAAAGGAGUCCAAAACCCCAAAAAGUUAAAAGAAAUGAAUAAAUAGUUGCAUUGAGAGUCUCAUCAUAGCAACUGGAAGUUGAAUUGGGGAUCCAUACACGCCAUGAAAGUGCUUUUUCACUGAGCUUAGUUUAGAAAACUCUAACGUACAACAGUGUAAUGAGCACACAAAAAAUGUGCCUCCUGUACAAACACUGAUUACUAUUAUAACACUGGCAAAAGUAUCCGGACACUUGACAGUGAACUGGCAAAAGUAUCCGGACACUUGACAGUGAUAGUAACAUCUUAGUACAAUUAGCCAAUUCACUUCAGGUUGCAUAUACAUAAAAAUAUGCCCCUUGGGCUGGAGAGAUGGGUCAGCAGUUAAGAGCACCACUGACUAUUCUUCCAAAGGUCCUGAGUUCAAUUUCCAGCAACCACUUAGGUAGGUCACAAUCAUCUAUAAUGAGAUCUGGUGCCAUCUUCUGGCACCAGAUAGAUAGAAUACUCUGACAGAAAAUAAAUAUUAAUAUAUCUCCACCCCCAAUUUGGGCUGAUAUCCAUUCUUUACACGUUAAUUUGGUUCACUCAUUCCAACAAUACUGGGUGUCUCUGUGGCCUUUAUUUCUCCUAGCCAGAGAUGGCCAUUGCUCUCCCUAAGGAGGCCACCUUAGACCAGGACCUUAACAGUAAUAUAGAGCCCAAAAUGCAACACAGAAAUCUUACCUGGCUUGUCACUAUAAAUUAGUGUGGUUUUCCAUUUGAACAUGAAAGGGAAAAAAAUUAUCAACAGAUUUUUUUUUUUGUCUUGAUGAAGAGGGUUUUUUUUUGUUUUUGUUUUUUGUCGUGUUUUUUGUUUCGUUUCGGAGCUAGGGACCGAACCCAGGGCCUUGCACUUGCUAGGCAAGCACUCUACAACUGAGCUAAACUCCCAACCCCUUGAUGAAGAGUUUUAAUUUUCCAUGUUUAAACUGGCACACCCCACCUGACGACUUCUUCUUCUUCUUCUUCUUCUUCUUCUUCUUCUUCUUCUUCUUCUUCUUCUUCUUCUUCUUCUUCUUCUUCUUCUUCUUCUUCUUCUUCUUCUCUUCUUCUUCUUCUUCUUCUUCUUCUUCUUCUUCUUCUUCUCCUCCUCCUCCUCCUCCUCCUCCUCCUCCUCCUCCUUCUUCUUCUUCUUCUUAUUAUUAUUAUUAUUAACUUGAGUAUUUCUUACAUUUCAAGUGUUAUUCCCUUUCCCGGUUUCUGGGCAAACAUCCCCCUAAUCCCUCCCCUUCAUUAUGGGUGUUCCCCUCCCCAUCCUCUCCCCAAAAAUCUAGUUCACUGAGGGUUCAGUCUUAGCAGGACCCAGGGCUUCCCCUUCCACUGGUGCUCUUACUAGGAUAUUCAUUGCUACCUAUGAGGUCAGAGUCCAGGGUCAGUCCAUGUAUAGUGACUUUUUCUUCUUUUAAAGGCCCCUUAGUAGGUCAGAGUUCCAAGUUUGUGUUGUACUUGUUCAUCUCUCUUCCAUUAAACAUCCCUGAUACCCUGCUAACUCUUUGCCUUGCUUUAUUCUCCCAUGCCUAGCAAGCAUUGUGCUAUCCUAGGAGAUUGGGGGGAUUUACAGCAUUGGACACUUUUGAGGUAUAGUGGUGGCUGCCUAACCACAGCUUCCUGGUCCUAGAGAUAGUAGAGCAUAUAUUCCUGAUUGAUGGCUCAGAGUCCAGGUCUGGCCCUGAAUUGAGCACAGCCUAGCACUGAAAUUCUUCUGACUCUUACAUAGUAUUGAGAAUCAGUUUGUAUACCAUAGCUCCUAGGGAACUGAGAAUGUAGUGUUCUUUGCAGUAUAUCUGCUCUAGUCAGUAAUCUACCCUGGGCAACAGUGGCUCUACUAACCAGAUUCUGGGCAUACCAACACUGUUGCUAGAUCUUCCCUUUUUGGGGCCUUAGAAGAGACUUUGGGAAGACUUCCAUUGUGCCAGCCUAUAGUUUUCUAGGGACUUUUACCCUAGUGAUGAAACUGUCUCCACAUUUCCAGUCACCAUCUUUAGUCUUCAGGAGCAGAGAGAGGAUUUUUUUUUUUAAAGAUUUAUUUAUUAUAUAUAAGUACAUUGUCACUGUCUUCAGAUAUACCAGAAGAGGGCAUCUGACCUCAUUACAAAUGGUUGUGAGCCACCAUGUGGUUGCUAGGAUUUGAACUCAGGACCUCUGGAAGAGCAGUCAGUGCUCUUAACUGCUGAGCCAUCUCUCCAGCCCCGAGAGGAUUUUUUUAAUCUAGUUUUUUUGUUUGUUUUGAGGGUGUCUCAUGUAACCUAUGUUUAAAUUCCCUUUAGCUGGGGCUGGGGAUUUAGCUCAGUGGUAGAGCGCUUACCUAGGAGGCGCAAGGCCCUGGGUUCGGUCCCCAGCUCCGAAAAAAAGAACCAAAAAAAAAGAAAAAAUUCCCUUUAGCUGUCUCCUGGGCCUUCUGUCUUUGCUUCCCAGUGCUGGCAUUUCUGGUGCUUGCCACUCUUACCUUACUCUUGAUUUCUGUUUGUGAUUGGCCAUUAUAUUUAGUUUAACCAAACAGCAAUAACUGUGUAUGCGCGUGCACGUGUGUGUAGACGGGUGGUGAGUUGGUAUUAAAAAGCCUAGAAGAAGCUCCAGACUUGAUUCUGAAAUAACUUAGGACUUACUAAUAUCAGCCUACCAGGUGAGCUUUUAUAUGUGCUGCUCUAGACUGAAGAGCAGGCAGCAGAGUUCACCCCUGUACUAGAAUCUUUGGGCUUAAGGAGACGGUGGUGUGGGCUACCUUUCUCUGAGCUGAGUCCUUCAGAUAAAAUGUGGAAGGUGGGAACUGACCUUGGGACUUUGAGACAGGGUUUCUCUGUAGUCCUGGCUGCCUUGGAACUUGGUAUAUAGACCAGACUGGCCUUGAACUCCUAUCCACUUGCCUCUGCCUCCUAAGUGGUAGUGUUAAAAGUAUUAAGAAGCCUUGCACCACCACAGCCAGUUAAGGCCAACAGUUUUGCUGCAAAGGAGUCCAGAUGAAGGGUAUGACGGAGUGACACAGGGUUGGAUGGACACUAGGGGACUCAUGUUUUGUGCUUUUCAGAAGUGCUGCAUCCUGUAUGGUGAAAAGGAAAAACUUACAGCCAUUCCUCCCAUGACUUGAAUGUUCUCCUUUUCUAGAAUGUGGCAGUAAUCUGAGUUGAAUUGGUAGAAAUUGUCAGUGUAAAAACUGAAUGUGGUGGUACACACCUCAAAUCCAGCACUUGGUGAAAGGCAAAGUUGGGUCUGAAACCAAGAUCAUCUUUGGCUACAUUAAUGUGUGUUCUGAGCUACCUAACAAGUGUUUGUCUAGUUCUUGUUAACAAAAGGCUGACUCACGAUAAUACCUAAUUGAUCUUUUAUGAUGUUAAUAGCACAAAUCCUUCUCCAAAGGCUGUUAUUGUCUGUUGGUAGCAAUGAGCUUUGCUGAUUAUUCUCAGAGAGGCAUGUUGACUCACAGAUGCACUGACCUGGAGAUGUCUAUAGGUGGUCUGUAGAAGUACACGUACAUCAUCUCCCUUCCCUGGGAGUAAGGGAGCACUGGGAAGCCAUACAUAUAUACUAGAUGCAAGGUGUGUUUUAUCAGAGAAAAUGUCAGAAUGUUUAUAACACACUCUUCUCUUUUUCCCUCCCCUGCCCUCCAUCUUCAGAUUGUUGAAGGUAAGCUGGUUUAAUUUCUUUUUUCUCUGGGUUGUUAUGAAUAAAUGCCAUAGCAUUGCAGGCUGUCCUUCCAAGACCUUUCGGCAGGAAGAUGCCUUUGGUCAGACUUGCUGUUUUACUGACAAUCUCUGCCAUGCUACCAGGGGCUGAGCUUUAUUCUAAGAAGGCAAGUGAUGAUGGGCCUCUAUGCCUUGAUAGGACCUGAGGGCAGAGCUACUAUGUAGCAGUUUCUCUCUGGAGAGCUCAAGGGGAGAGAAGGUCUUCAGAGGCAUAAGAGUAAAUGGGAUUAGGUGAAGGUGGCUGAAAAUGUGACUUUUUCCUUAGAAAGGAGAAGGCCAAGGAGAAAUGGGAGGAGGUUGCGCCAAGACCAUGCUGACAGCUGUGUGGUGAGCAGUGAUGAUGAAGAACUGUCUAAGGACAAAGAUGUAUACGUGACUACCCAUACUCCUCGAAGCACCAAGGAUGAAGGAACUACUGGACUUAGGCCCUCGGGCACCGUCAGUUGUCCGAUCUGCAUGGAUGGAUACUCUGAGAUUGUGCAGAAUGGGCGUCUCAUUGUUUCUACAGAAUGUGGCCACGUCUUCUGUAGCCAGUGCCUCCGUGAUUCCCUUAAGAAUGCUAACACUUGCCCAACUUGUAGGAAAAAGAUCAACCAUAAACGGUACCAUCCCAUUUAUAUAUGAAAUGUUCACAACUGCUCAGGAUAGACCAAUGGACAGACAACCGGGCUGGCUUUUCUGCAUGGUAUCUGCCUCCAGUUUCCUGAGCUCAAAAAGACUUUCAAAAAUCAAUGUCUGAUGUAAACUGGUCUUUUGUUUUCCAACCCCUUACAUCCUUUUGUUAUCUCCAGUUUGAUGCUAUGGAGCACGAUCCAGGGAUCCUCCCAGAUCAGCUCAGCAUCUCUGCCCCUCUGGGUGGUCUGAACCCAGAGUUGGAAAAAAGGAGUCAGGCAUAUUGCAGUUGAGCAUCAUGGCUCUAGCCUCUUUGUGGAGCUUAUGUGUUGGUCAAGAAGUUUCCCUGUUGGGAAAGUUUGCCCCAGUUCUUGUGGGUGCAGAACAUUCCCAAGGCACCUGCCAGUUAGCUAUUCUGCCUGCCAAACAGUGACCUGGCCAGACAGUCCAUCUAGUCCAAGGAUACCAGUACAUAAACUGCCCGUGAAACAGCCUAGCUGGUGGACUUAGUUUUCCUUCCCAUGAGAGCAGAGGUGACCUGUGAUUAUGCCUGAAACUUAUCAUUGAUGUGCAGUGUUUUCUGCAAAUCAAGAGACUCUGCAGGGCAACCUGUUUCCUAAGAAUGAGAAAGUGCAAUAAAGCCUGUUCUUCACUUGCUCUUCAGCAAUCUGGAAGAUGUAGCACUGCUAGUAUCCUCAGCCCAGUGUUGCCUGUGGGAGCAGUGCCCAUCCCACCCCAUCUCUAUUCACCAACUGUUCUCAGGAACCCUACCCAUGCUCCAAAGUUCUUUGCCUGGCACAGAGCAUUCAAAGCUAAUAGGACAAGCAAGUAUUUGAGUGUCUUUUCUUUUCUGCUAAGAUGUGUCCUGUGUUGUCUACAAUGCCCUCCAACCCUCAGUUUUUCAGUUCCCACUGCCUAAUGUCUGCCCAAGCAUAGAUACCAGGAGGUGGUAGCAGUAACAAUGGCCUUAUCAGCUGUUCACUUACAUGCUUUUGCCUAAGUCACUGUUGCCCAUGUGUCAGAGGUCUUGCCCUACUCAACCUACCACUGCCCUGGCUUUCCCACACCCCUUGAAUAGAUAGAUAUUUCCAAAGCUGCUCUUCUGGCCAGUUGAGCUUUGAUCCUCUGGACUUUGACUGCUCAGUAGGUUUUGGUCAGCAAAGCGUGGUGCCUCCUCUUCCCAGUGGGACCACAUAACAAUCUCUGCUCUGGUGCUCUCGGAGAUAGCAAAGGUGGUCAGUUGCCACUGGGGACACCAGGACAGGGUAGCUCAUAAAGGAUAGGAUAGGCUUUGAAUGCCAGCCUGCCUCCACCUCCACACUACUUCCUCAGAGGGCUUCAAGUCAAACCAAUAGCCUUUUUGUGUGGAACAUCUUUGAGGUAGGAAAGAGACCACUGGAGCUUUGCUAGCAAUAACUGACUUUCAGUUUACUGUUCUGAAGGAGCAGGGACUCAGCACAGAAUUCACUUUAAAUGGAGCUGAAGGAGUGUCCCUCCUCUCUGUGAAAAGAAAAUAGUUUUAUUCUUCAUUCUGACUUUUUAACUGUUUGACUUCAGUUAGUUUGAAUGAGAGUAAUAAGUUUUUUUACAUGGACUCAGAGGGUAAGAGCAUUAACUUUCAUCAUUGUGAUGUAUGGUAUGUGCCCUCCCCUUGGAUGUCACAGCCAUUGAGUUCCCCGAGGGCCUCAUGGACUUGAUCUUGUUAGUUCUAAUGAUAGCCAGACUUCAAGGAGACAAGGCAACCAUGCAGCCAGUUCACUGGUAAAUAUGGUGACACCCACUUAAAAAUUCGUUUUCUCCUUAAAGACAGUUUAUGAAGUUGAUCAUAAAAGUUCUAUUACUUCAUCCUAAAUUAAAUUGAGAAAGAGACAUGUUUAGUUCUAAUCAGAAACUGCAUUAAUAGGAAAAGGUUGGUAUAAAAAAAGGUUUUCUUUCCUUUUUCCUUAAUGUAUAUAGUUUAACUCUUUUCUUUGUUACAUUUAAACUAUGCUCAUGGGUAUCAGUCUGUUUUGGACUAGUAUUAAAGAUGGAAAUAAACAAUUUGAACCAA